AUGUUACUAAGAUCCCUGCUCGUAGCCGGGAUAUCAUCGAAACGCUUGCUUCUCAUACCGUCUUUGAAGAUACUUUCAUUUCUCUCGAAACCUAAUAGAGGGUUUCUUCUUCACGUCGAAAAGAACCCAAUUAUUCAUGGGAUUUUGAAGAAGACCUUUUAUGAUCAAUUUUGUACUGGGGAGACAGGACCGGAGACGAGGCGCCGUGUUCGCGAAAUCAAGGAUCUUGGGUUUAAGGGCGUGAUCCUAACAUACGCAAGAGAAACCGUAUUUGACCAUAAAACCAACAAAGCAGAUGUGCAAGGAGUCGACGACGUUACUGGAUCUUCUUCCGCAGACUUAUGUCCACAUCUUGAAGAAUGGCGGGUUGGGACUCUUAAGACCGUCGAUCUGAUCGAGGAAGGCGAUAUUCUUGCUGUGAAAUUGACCGGGGCUGGUCCCAAGGUAACUCAAGCUUUCAUUGAAGGUCUACCGCCACCUCAGCGAUUCUUAGACGCAAUCGACGAGAUUUGUGCUGCUUGCAAAUCUCGCUCGAUACAGGUUAUUAUCGAUGCCGAGUCCCAGCAUUUCCAAAAGGGAAUCACGAAAGUAGGUCUGGAAAUGAUGCGUCGAUUCAACCGCGAUAAUUCUGCUGUCGUCUAUAACACAUACCAAGCAUACCUCAAGAAAACACCAUCUCUCAUCGCAGAGCAUCUCGAAGCCGCGAGUAAAGAUGGGUUUACACUGGGUCUGAAACUGGUUCGUGGCGCGUACCUAGGCUCUGAUGACCGGUCUUUGAUUCACGACACGAAAAAGGACACGGACGAUGCCUAUAACGGCAUUGCAACAGGUGCUCUAAGGAAGCAGCUCGGCCAAUUUGGAAAGGGGGGCGGCAAGCCCUUCCCUUCGGUCAACCUCUUCUUAGCUAGCCACAAUAGGGAGAGCGUAAUUGGAGCCAACAGACUACACCAGGAGAGAGUUAAGAACGGUCUACCUACCAUCCCGGUCGGUUUCGGUCAACUUCAUGGUAUGUCGGAUGAGGUCAGCUUUUCACUACUGGCGGAAAAGGAUGAAAACCAAACAUCCCCGGAUGUGUAUAAGUGCUCCACUUGGGGUAGUAUGGGAAACCUUGGGACGGCUAUCCUAGACAGCUUGAUAGGAUCGACGGACGAGAAAGCCUCUCCGUUACCAGUUAAGCGUAUCAUAGCCUGUGUCCGCAGCGAGCGAUCUGCAGGGCGGCUGUCCGCACGGCUUUCUAGCUCGCAUAUUCCCCUAGAAAUUUCAAGUGGAAAUAAUGCGCAAGCAAUAGAGCAGUCCGACGUCGUUUUACUCGGCGUCGAUCCAGCAGACGUGCACGAGACGUUGGAAGAAUCUGGGCUCGCUGCUGCGCUUGCGGGGAAAUUGCUGAUUAGUAUCGUGGCGGGGUGGACAAGAGACCAGAUCGAGACCCUGCUGGCUGAGGCAUCCGCUCAAAGUUCCGACGACUACUCAAAGACUUGGGUAAUACGAACUCUGCCGAAUAUUGCUGCCACAGUCUCCCAAUCUAUCACGGCUAUCGAGAAGCCUGAUCCAAAAUUACCCCCUGAACAUCUUGAAUUCACUGAUGCCUUAUUCAACCGCAUAGGCAAGACGGUGCACUUAGCUCCUAGUCAGAUGGACGCGUUCACGGCAGUGGGAGGGUCUACGCCAGCAUUCUUCGCCGUGAUUGUCGAUGCAUUGAUAGAUGCAUCGGUUGCCGUAGGCAUGCCAAGACAGGAGGCGACCGCGACCAUAGUGCAGUCUAUGCUGGGCACAGCCACUCUUCUACAAAGCGGAGUGCACCCUGGAGUCCUAAGAGACCAGGGCACGUCGCCCGAAGGCUGCACAAUCGGCGGACUUAUGGUACUUGAAGAGCUUGGAGUGCGCGGUCACCUAGGUCGGGGUCUUCGUGAAGCUGUGACGAUUGCGCGAUUGAUGGGCAAGGAUCCUCAUGUUAACGAUACCAGACACUAG